GCAGGGAGGGGCGGGUCAGCGGGCACAGUCGGGUAUAAGGUUGGCACAGGUGGGUCUGUAAGUGGUACUUGAAGUCGUCCGUCAGAAUGGCCUCUUCAGCUCUGCUCUCGUCUCUCCUGCUGCUCUGUCUCUCAGGGAUCCUCGCUCAAACUACAGGUCAGCUGUCCUUCCUCCUGGAGGUGAAAUACAACCAACCGGACAGAAACAGUCACGUGUUCUCUGCCCAAACUCCCUUCAGAGGGGUUCUGUUUGGGGCCAUGACCAGGCUCAACAACUCUAGCCCAGAUUUCAACUUCACCUCCUCAACGAACGUCGACUACGGAGAGUUCCUGGUGAGCGUCAACGGUUUGUCUGGGAACGACCAAGACCGGACAUACUGGGAGCUGCUGGUUCAGAAAGACACCAACACCAUUAUCAGACCUGAUGUUGGGAUCAGCUGUUACAUUCCUCAGGCCAAGGAGAAGGUGAUCCUGAACUACACCACUUAUUAGACAGAGGUCCCUUCUUUGGAUCGCUCUCACUGGGAGAGUAUGGACCUUAUGCCCCUGGCGGCCAUCUUGGUUCUAACCUCAGCAGUAUUUAUGCUCCUGUUUGGAACCAAGAUGGCAGCUUUGUAAAUAAGGCCCAGGCUUUGGAACCCGGACAAUUCACAUCUCAACCUGGCCUUGCUUGUUUUUUUGUUCCAUAAUAAUUUUGCGAUUAAAGACUUCUAGUGUAUAAACCUCAA